AUGACAAGAGCAGAGAGGGUCUCAGACUCGGAGCGGCGCGGAGCAAGUAGCAAUGGCGGCGGGCUACCGGGCGGAGGACGACUACGACUACCUCUUCAAGGUGGUCCUGACCGCGACUCCGGCGUCGGCAAGUCCAACCUGCUCUCCCGCUUCACGCGCAACGAGUUUAGCUUCGAGUCCAAGUCCACCAUCGGCGUCGAGUUCGCCACCCGCUCCCUCCAGGUCGACGGCAAGGUCGUCAAGGCCCAGAUUUGGGACACCGCCGGCCAGGAACGGAUGCUGCUGCUGCUACCAUGUGUGUCCUCGUUUCAACCGUUCAAGCAUGGGGCUCUGCGCUUUGGCCUGUGA